AUGAAACCUGAGUACACGCCUUUGAACAAGCUGUCACCUGUAAGCAAGAAAUACAAAGUACGUGUGACAGUGAAAGAAAAUUCUCCUAUCCGAACUCCUCCAAACAAGAAAAAAUUUCAGAAAUUGGUUUUUGAAGAUGAAGAGGGUAACAACAUGAAAGCUAAUUUGUUCGGAGCUGAAUGCGACCACUUUCAAAAAGUCUUUGAACACAAGAAGAAGUAUGAGAUAGCUAAUGCUCCAGUGCGAACAAUCAACACGAAAUUUAGUUCAUUCCUAGGAGAAUGUGAACUAACCUUCGGCGGAAUGACUAAAAUUCAAGUUAUUGAUCGAACAGAGGGACCUGUGUUGCCUGAAUACAUCUCCAUAGCUGAUGUACCAAGGACAAGUGGAUCAUCAGACCAGUUUGAUCUGCUUGGAAUAGUAGUCCACAUGGAAGACCCCCGACAAGUGGAAUACAAAUCAGGCAGGGUAGCCGACGUACGUGAUAUCAGCAUAGUUGAUGAAAGCACUGGUUCUCGUUCAAUGAUCAUCUCUGCAUGGGGACAAUUAGCCCUUUCUGACUGUGAGAACCUCAAAGACUGGGCAACCACUUUCUUAGUUGUUAGCUUAACUUCACUGAAGCCUGCUACCCACAGAGGUUUUUCGCUGCAAUCAAGCAUGUCCACAACGAUUGAUCCAGCCCCCAGUGGUGAAAAAGCUGACGCUUUAAGAGCUUGGGCCCAUGCACAUCCAGACAUAAUUAGUGAUUACAUGGCAAGACAACUCGAAUUCAUGACUAUUGGUGCUGAGCCGGUUCCAACCACACUUGACAACAUCAUUGGCAAAAAUGAAGAAAUACACACGCUGACAGUCACAAUUCCAGAUGCACAACUAGACAAUGUUAUUGCUUACAUUGGCUGCGAUAAUUGUGGAAAGCGUUGUGGCGUUGCUGCAAAUGUGGACUUUUUUUGCCCACAUUGCCCUGACAAAAAAUGCACCUCCACUGAAAGGGUUAACUUUACCUUUGAUGUUGUAGAUGACACUGGAACAUUUCGCCUCACUGCCUUUGGCCAAGUAUGCGAGCAGAUAUUCAAGCUCACAACACUUGAGAUUUUUGAGAGAAAGAUAAAGGUUCCCACUCACACUUAA